AUGGAUGAAAUGACAUUUGAACACAACAUCACUGGUUAUCCACAACUAAUUGUACCAAAUAUUGUUCACUACGUGUUGUUCACAAUCCAUGAGAUAGAGUUCGCGCACUUUAUAUCCAUAUUAUCAGUACUGAAGAAUCAAAGACCAGAAAUCAUUUACAUUCACUGCGAUUGUCAUCAAAUCAGUGGUCAAUACUUCCAACGGGUUCUCAAAGUGGCCGAUAAAGUCAACACUAAAGUUAUUGUCAGAUAUGUGGACAAACUUACGGAAAUAUUUGGUAAAAAAUUAAAUUGGAUUGAAUGGCACGCAUCGGAUAUUACAAGAAUUAAAGUAUUGAUAGAGUUUGGGGGCAUUUAUUUGGAUAGAGAUGUAUAUGUCGUAAAAUCAUUGGAUGUUUUUCGUAAAUAUGAAAUGACUCUUAAUUGGGAUUUAAAUCAAUAUUUAGCGAUUCAAACAAUCAUUGCUCACAAAAACGCACGGUUUUUGAAAUUAAUAUUAAACUCAUUUCAUAACUAUAACUCAAAUCAAUGGUAUUUUAUUGGCGAAUAUCCCACCAAAACAUAUCUCUGGAAACAACCGGAACUAAUUCAUCGAGUUUUAGGCGGAUUUGGUGCCGACGGACCACUAGUUUGUCCCAAAGUUUUCAGAAUCUACUACAAGAACUGGAAGACAGAAUUUUACGCCAUUCACAUGAAUUUAAGAGGAAAUGAAAUUUCAUGGAAAGACUGGUGUUUUGGGAACAAUUCACCAGUCUUUCCAUGA